AUGGCAGGACUCGCAAUCUCCCUCAAAGAUGAGCUCUCGAUGCUCCCGGUACUCACUGGCGAAGCCAACUACCCAAUGUGGACUAAACGCAUGAGGACCUUCCUCAAGAACAAGGAACUCUGGGCAGUGGUCAAUCGGGACCCAGGUGCUGCCCCCACGGCAAGAAUCUUGAAACAAUUGUCCGACGCCGGUCACGUCAUUACCAUGAAGAUUGGCGACCGAGUCUAUAAUGGUCUUGUGACGGAGGUGAAUGAGGAUAAUGGCUACCUCCUCUGGAAGAAGAUCACUCAGACCUACUCCAGAUACACCACUCAUCGAUACACCAAGUGCAUGACCACUUGGCACGCUAUACGGUAUGAGGGACGAACUCUAGAAUUCAUCAAGAACAUUGAGGAUGCACUUGACGCCUUCGCAGCAAUUGCUCAUCCGAUUCCCAGUAAAGACAUCUGCAGCAUUAUUGUCUCGAAAAUCUCCAUCACUAGACGAGCUCUCACUGAUUCGUUCAUAUUCAAUCCUGAACUGAUGGAGAAUCAUGAGAUGCUUAUCGAUCGACUUCGGGACAUAGCUGAAGAGGAGGACGACAACAUCAAGAGGAAAGGUGGCUUAGAGAAGACAGCUGUCGCCUUGGCCAACAACACUAGGACCCGCCCACCACCUCGUUGUCGCAACGGGCAGCACAACCCUGAAGCCACUCAUCCAGAGGAGCGCUGUUGGUCGGCUCACCCUGAAACACGCAUUGUCAAAAAUCCGCGACCCAAGCCCUCACAGCACCACACAUCAGCUGCACAGCCUUCCGCCUCUCCAGCCAAUGCUCCCGGGUGA